AUGGGAACUAGCACAAAUGAUAGAAAAUAUCUCUAAAGGUAUAAUGAUAGUUUAAUUCAGAAUACCAAAAUAUCGGAUCUAGAAUAUCAAACGAGAAUAGAACAUACAAGAUGUACUAAUAAAAAAGAAUAUUAUAAAAUAAUAAAGCAUACUACUAAGAUCGGAAAAUAGAAGGCAAAGAUAUAUUAAAUAAUUUCUAUUUAUAGAGAGAGAUGACAGAAAAGUAUAAUAUGAAAAUAAACAUAAAUAAAUGUGCAUAUUGAUAUAAAGAAGAAGCAGAGAAUUAGAGAUGACUGGAUGUCAGAAAACAGAAACAUAUAAAUACUUAGGGGUAUGGUUAAAUAUGAGAGGUACAAUAAUAAAACAUUAAACGAAGACACAUGCUUACUAACAAAAAUAGUUUGGAGCACAAAAAGGAUUAAACAUAGAAAUAAUGGAAAAGAUAUUAGAUCGAUUUUGUACUAUGGAGGGUUAGCUUGUUACCUUUAAGAACAAUGGAUAAUAAUGCUACAGAGAAAAUUUGAUGAAAUAUACACAAAAAGUGUUAAGAGAUUAAGAGAAGAAAGCCUUCGGAUUUAAAGAUCUAGAAAUGAUGAAUGGGUGAUAGUUAGAGCAUAAACAAAUCUAACAAAAAAGUAUGAUGAGGGCAGCCUAUUAAGAUAUAAACAUUCCUGGAAAUCAAGAAUUUAUAAAAAGGGAAGGAUAAUACAAAAAUCCUAAGGAUAUAAAAUUGAUAAGAUAACCUACUAAAGCAGAAGAAAAUGA